UUCAAAAGAACCGGCUGAACAUGAACACAAGGACAUGAUCAUUUGCUUUUUUGUGCACUAACCUCAACUUCACAGCGCGCCGCGAAUGUCGCUUCUCACUGGAGACAGAUUUUAGGUACAUUUGAGGUUUUUUUUUUUAGUCCUUGUGUGUUUUUCCUAUUGUGCGUUUUUGAAUCAUAUGUAUCACAUGCUGAGCGGUUUAGUGCGCAGGUUCAUUUAGUCUAGUCUUCAUUUAGCGAUUUUUAUUUUUAUUUUUACCUGUUUUCUAUAUUCAACCCACAUAUGGACAUACUGAAGGAUUAUUUCUGCUUUAAACCUCUCGACAUUAGAUGAAGAAGCCAAGAGGAGAUGUUACUGAAUAACAUAAAGGAGAGGACGCGCUAUUUUGGCACAUGAAGAAUUUUGCAUAUGGACACACAUCAGUCGCGCGGGAUAUAAAGAGGCAAAUAGAAAAUGGUUAUUGUUUUUAUUAAGCCUUUAACUAAUUUGCCCAGAGAAUGCUUAAAUUGUAAGCCAUCUGCUUAAAUUUAUAAUAAAUGUAGUACUGUAGUAGGCAAUGCAGGCAUGCUGAUUAAUAUACUGUGCAAUAGAUUUUGCAACCAUAAAGAAAGGGAAGUGUUAAUAUCAAUAUAUUAUACACAGAGAAGAUUUCAGCUUAUACUUAAGCAUAUGAUGGUGGCAAACUAGUCCAUUGACACCCCAAUGGCUGACAUUGGCAUGUAUGCAGUAUAGGAUAUAAAAAUUCUUAUUUUUCUAGACAUUAGGGGUUAAAGUUGGAAUCGGUUUGUUUGGCAUCAUUUGUUGAUUGGUAUUAGAAGUUUAUAAGUCCUAAUUUAGAAGACAAGAAAAGACACAGGGCACUUCAGAGGCCAUAAUCAGCUUAAGGUUUACAGCAGCUAUAGCUGGCGCCACUUUUGCAUUGUGCAUCUCCAUUGCUUUCUAGCCCCUAAGUGGCCUGGCAUUAUAGCAAUUAUUAUAGUAUUUCUAGCAUAAUGGACACCAAUCACAUGGAUGAUGGUUCCUCCACUGAUGGCAUGGAGAUGGAGAUCAUGCCUGGCUAUAUAGAGCUCAUCACCAGAGCAUAUUCAGUCAUUUUCAGUGCCUUUAGAGACUGUAAAGACUGCGGACUGGAACUGUCCAGUAAAACCCUGCUGGAUCAUGCCUACAUAACCUGGACGGAGAUCUUCAUGUUCUUCAUGUGCGCGGUCAUGUGGACGAAGGUGCGCAGGGGACUGGCCGUGUACAUCUUUGAGCCUUUUGGACAGUGGUGUUGUAUCCCAUCAAAAGAUGUCUCAAAGAUGCCGGAGAGCGCGUGGAAGCUGGUCUUCUACACAAUGUCAUGGUCAUACAGCACCUACCUUUUGUUUUUCACUAGUUAUUCCUUCUUUCAGAAUCCUCCGUCUGUGUUUUAUGAUUGGAAGAGUGGGAUGUCGGUACCCACCGAUAUUGCAAUAGCUUACCUUAUCCAGGGCAGCUUCUACGGCCAUUCCAUAUAUGCCACGGUCUACAUGGAUGCAUGGCGGAAGGACUCCCUUGUCAUGGUGGUGCAUCACUUCAUCACUCUGGCCCUGAUCACAUUCUCCUAUGCCUUUAGAUACCACAACAUUGGCAUUCUCGUCCUCUUUCUUCACGACAUCAAUGACGUUCAGUUGGAAUUCACCAAGGUCAAUGUUUAUUUCAAGAUCCGGGGAGGAAAAGAGUACUUCAUCAACGAUGUCCUGUCCAACAUGGGGGCCGUUAGCUUUAGCAUCACAUGGUUUUGGUUCCGUUUGUACUGGUUCCCCCUUAAAGUGCUGUGGGCUUCCUGCGUCACCAGCAUCCAGUCAGUUCCCAACAUUCCUUUCUACUUCUUCUUCAACACACUCCUGUUUGCCCUGCUCCUCAUGAAUAUCUACUGGUUCCUGUUCAUCGUGCUGUUUGUGGUGAAGGUCCUGACGGGCCAGAUGAAGGAAGUAAAUGAUGUCCGGGAGUACGAGGAAGAUGAAUUAAAGGAGAGAACAGACACUAAUGAUCAGAUGUCUACUGAAGGGAAACAUGUGCAGAACGGGACCACCAAGAAGAAACAUCAAUAAUAUCUAGGUGCUGCCACCUGCAGGCACUUAACGAUGACUGCAAGGUACUUAUGUGACCUAGUUUGUUUCCUAACCUCAGAUGGCCAAGGUGCUUGGACAGUCAUACAGAGAAUAAGAAACAAAUUGACCAUUGUCUUUGUUUUAUCCCUAUUGUUUUUUUAAUCACUGUUAUUAUAAUAUAAUCAUAGCACUGUGAAUGUUGUUAUUCGUUUCAUAUAUUGCUUUAAAAAUAUUUUUUUAAGUUAAAUGAGUGAAUGAAUCUAUUAAUUGAUAAAUCAGGAAUUAACUGCGGGAGUGACUAGGAUAUCUCUGGACAUACCAUGCAUUUAGGAGAAGAGCGGAACACAUUAUAAUCAGGUUCUGUGGUCGUCAUCUGGGACCACAGUUUGUUUGAUUAGAUUUAGACCGUUUUUGGUUUUCUGGUGUAUUUUAAUUCCAGUAGUGAAGUCACUAAAAAGGGUCAGUGCGUAUCUUGUUGUAGGUCUUACUAGUGGAGUGGUUCUCAAAUGGUCGGUCGAAGAUCUGUUCUGAAAAGCAAGGGAAGGCAACGUUAAAUGCAGAUAAUGUUAAUGCAAAUACAAUUAACCAUGAAAUCAUGCAUAGUUAGAGUAAAAUUAAUGGAAAUUCUUACCAUUUCUUUUGUUGUUUGGCAUCAAAGGGCAUGCUGUACAUCCAAUCACACUCAACCGUAUUUUGUCACAAAUUCAUGUUCAUAAUUAGCAGCAAGUCAAAUUAGACAUAUGCCAACCUCUUAAAAAUGAUAAACAAACUUGCAAGGUUAACAAAACAUACAGAUUACAGUUCAUUUGCAACAAGGAUAAAGAGUUUGUGCUGACCAGUUUAAGUCACGUUGGUAAUUCUGAAUAUUGUUGCACCGCAAAAAUGAUUUUCUUACUCGGUACAAAUAUCUAAACAGUCUUAAAUAAAGAUACAUUUACUUGAGAAGCAAAAUUACACCGGAUAUUAAGUACUGUUUACUGAAAAAUGUAAGACAAGAAAAAUAUCUGCCAAAGCAGUCAGAAAAAUAAACAUUAUUUUAGCUUAGUUUAUUUUUCUGACCCUGUUGGCAGACAUUUUUCUUUUAAGUAAAAACUUAAUUUUUAUACAUUUAAAAAAAAACGAUGUAAUUUUGCUUCUGAAGAUAUAUCUUGAAUUUAAAAUGUUUCAAUAUUUGUACUAAAAAAGGAGGCAAAAAUACUUUCAUGGUAAUAUUAAAACAUUUCAAGUUUAAGCACUUUUUUAACCUUUAUAUGAUACAUAAUAACGUAAUAUCCUGAAGCAAAAGCAGUUGAGAACCACUGUACUAGUACAUCAGUUGCCUUUUUUUUUUUUUUUAAACAUUCACUAACUACACAGGUUACAACCAACUAAAAAAAAAAAAAAAAUCAGCCUGAUCUGCAUCAAAAUCAUGUUUGUACAGUAUUACUGUGUUUGAAUGUAGAUGUCUGAAAGGGAAUCGCUUUUAAUGUUUGGAUUACAAAAAUACUGCUUGCAUUCCUUCCUCUUUUUUUUCUUCUUUGAGCAUCCAUUGCAUCAUCAAAGCUAGUUUCAGAUUGGCAAAAAAAAAAAAAAAAAAAAAAAAAAAAUCAUACACUCCACUGAUAUAUCGUGUUAUAUAAAUACGGAUGGAGAACUUGAUAACUCGAUGGAAAUGGUUAGUUGUGGAUGCUUAUUUAGUCCGUUACAAUGGAGAAACAUUUACUAUUUACACAAAUUUAUCAAAGUAUUUAAAUGCAAAUGUCGUAUUCAAGAACGCAUGCGAUUUGAGAAUAUGCUUUACAAAAAAAUCCGUACGACAAAAGACGAAAUAGAACUGAUGUUAUCUGUCGUGAUGUAUUGAUCACUCCAAAAAUGUUGCAAUACUUGAAUAGUUAAUUUGCCUACUGUAUCAAACGUUCUGUUGUGUACAAUGCUUAAUCUUAGUGCACGAAUGCUGAGGUCUGCACGUCACUGUGGUCAUGUCUUCCUUUAGUAAUGCUAGCUUGAGCUAGCCGUUUAUGAUUUUGUUUUUAGCAUUGUUAAAGAGAGUGUUGGCCAAAACCAUGGCACACUUUGGUGAAAUAUUCUUUGAAGUUAAUUUAAUGCUGCUGUUGUUUUCUGAUCUGAGAUGUUCCUGUGUACACAUUAUUUACACAGCAGACGUCUAUGAUGGUACUCUUGAAAGAGCGUCAGUUUCUCAACUUUUCUUACCCGGCAUUGUCAAAUCACUGGAAAAAACGUAGUUGCAUGCAGUUUUGGCUUGCAAAUUUUCUUGCGACAUUUACACGCGGCUGCUUGGAGAAAUUCAGCAAAAAGAGCAGCAUUCGAUACUCAUUCUCUUAGGAUAACUGAAUUUUGACAGCGUCAGAUGCGCAUGCGCAAAAAAUUUCCCCGAAAACUUGGGUUACCAGCUCGCAACAACCGUUAAACGCCACCAUACACUCCAUUGAUCUUUUAUGAAAGAUGUUUUCUGUAAGUUCUGGAUCGUUUGUUAUUAAUUUCCAUUCAACACUGCUCUAUUCAGUCAGAAUGCACGUGUGGAGAGUGGAAAUAAUUUGAUCACUUUGAGAAUAUACUUAAAAUACGUUAAUCGUCUUGAAAAGUGCCAAAAAUAAAACCCUGGUGAGUGUAACGGCAAAGCAACUUUGGAUUUGAGGUGUUUUUGCCUGGGUUAUUUUGUUAUAGAAAUGUUAUUUAAUUAAAAUUGCACUGUAAUUUCUUACUACUGCUUAUUUUUUUUUCCCCUGUAUGAAACAUAUUUUUUAAAAAGUGGUAAACUAGGGGAUUUAUACUGAUUAAUUUAACAUGGGAAAAAUUAUUUUAUUUGUUUUAACAUUUUUCUUGGACCAUUUAUUCACUCUUUAUCUUGAUUUUGAUCUGACCACGAGGAGUGACAGGUAUUAUCUCAAUUGUAAUUGAACAAUUUUGAUAAUUUUUAAGUUGAAUUGAUGAAUUGAAACAAGUUGUGUCGUGUCAUGUUUUUCCAUUUAAUAAAAACUGUUCAAAGAAA